UGUACACAUGUACCAGACCCCCCUCUUCUCUGUAGACUGUAGGGGCUCUUGGCUUUCUCUGCCUGCCUCUCCUCUCCCACCCUCUCUUUUGCCCCUUUCCAGUUGUCCAUGCCCCCAUCUUUUUCACCACCGUCUCUCCUCUUCCUCCUCCCCUAGGUACAGUCCCCCCCGGUUUGCAAUUUCCGUCAUCUCCGUCGUCCAAAGUUGGAAGGAAAGGUGGUGGUGGCCAUGCAGCACCCCCAGGGUGCCGGCGACCCGCCGUAUGGCGUCGUCCCCGCGCCGCCGACCAUGGCCGCCGCGUUCGACCUGCCUCCGGUGACCACGCCGGCGCCCGCCGCUCCAAGUGACGUCCUGCUGCCGACGCAGCCGCAGGUGUCGGGUCCCGAAGAAUUCCCCGCUGCCGCCGUCAACUCCAACGACGACGACAUGAUGAUGGUCGACGACGUCGUCGUCGCCGGCGGCGUCGGCGGGAGCGGGAGCACCGGCAACCGGUGGCCGCGGGAGGAGACGCUGGCGCUCAUCAGGAUCCGGUCGGAGAUGGACGCCGCCUUCCGCAACGCCACCCUCAAGGCGCCCGUCUGGGAGGAGCUCUCCAGGAGGCUUGCGGAAUUGGGGUACCAGAGGAGCGGCAAGAAGUGCAAGGAGAAGUUCGAGAACGUGGACAAGUACUACAAGCGCACCAAGGAAGGGCGCACCGGGCGGCAAGACGGGAAGAGCUACCGCUUCUUCUCGCAGCUCGAGGCGCUCCACGCCGCGGCGCCGCCGCCGCCGCCGCAGCAACGGCAGGGCAUGCCGGUGGAGGACCCGCAGCCGCUGGCGAUGGCGUGGAUGAUGUUGCCCGGGGCGGCGGACCUCGGGUUCUUGUCGAUGUCGUCGGAGUCUGAGUCGGACGAUGAGUCCGACGAGGAGGAGGAGGAGGAGGAGGCGGUGGCGCCGGGCGGCGGCGGUCGGGAGGGGCUUGGCGAUGAUGGUGACGGUGAUGGCGAAGGGGGCAGCAGCACCAGGAAGCUGAUGGCCAUGUUCGAAGGGAUGAUGAGGCAGGUGACGGAGAAGCAGGACGCGAUGCAGCGGGUGUUCCUGGAGACGCUGGAGAAGUGGGAGGCGGAGCGCACCGAGCGGGAGGAGGCGUGGCGGCGGAAGGAGGUCGCCCGGAUCAACCGCGAGCGGGAGCAGCUCUCCAAGGAGCGCGCCGCGGCGGCGUCCCGCGACGCCGCGCUGAUCGCGUUCCUCCAGCGCGUCGGUGGCGCCGGCGGGGAGCCCGUGAGGCUCUCCCCUUCGUCCGCCGGCGCCACCCGCCACGACGCGGCCGCGGCGGGGCUGCAGCUGGUGCCCGUGCCGGCGCCGAGAGCGAAGGCGGAGGACGCCUGGGCGGCAGCAGGAGGAGACGGCAGCGGGACGACGGCGCCGUCGCGGUGGCCCAAGGAGGAGGUGCAGGCGCUCAUCGACCUGCGCAUGGAGAAGGAGGAGCAGUACAACGACAUGGGACCCAAGGGCCCGCUGUGGGAGGAGAUCGCCGCCGGCAUGCAGAGGAUCGGCUACAACCGGAGCGCCAAGCGGUGUAAGGAGAAGUGGGAGAACAUCAACAAGUACUUCAAGAAGGUGAAGGAGAGCAACAAGCGGCGCCCCGAGGACUCCAAGACCUGCCCUUACUUCCACCAGCUCGACGCCAUCUACCGCAAGAAGCACUUCGCUGGCAGAGGCGGCGGCGGCGGCGGCGUCACGAUCGCCGCCUCCCACUCCAGCCUCGCCAUCGUCACCGUCUCCGAGCAGGACAACCCGAGCCAGCGUGAGCUCGAGGGGAAGAGCAGCAACGACGUCGGCAACGUGCAGCUGGCGGUGCCCCUCCUUGUCCACAACGCCCCAGACAAGAAGGUGGAAGGCUCCGAAGGCGAACCAAAUGUCACAGCAGCAGCGGAGGAGACGGACAGCGACGAGAUGUGUGGAGAAUACACCGACGAUGGCGACGACGACGACAAAAUGCAGUACAAAAUAGAGUUCCAGAAGCCAACUGCGGGCGGCGGCGGCGACGGCAACGACGCACCCGUGCCGGCGACAACUGCGGCAGCGACGAGUUCAGCCCCAACCAGCAACACCAGCUUCCUUGCGGUUCAGUAGGUGGCAGUGCGCGCAGAGUGAGGGGGCUAAAGAAAGCCAGGCAGGCAUCACCGUCUUCUUUUUCAGUUCAAGAGGGUCACAAUUGCCCUAUUAUACUUUUUCAGUUGUUUUGCUGUGAUGUUGGCAACAUCCCGUAUACCAUUUGUUGAUUUCUUUCUGUGGUAACUAGCAAACUAUCCAAAAAAAAAAAAAGCAUGAACCAAAUUAGGUUCACAGACAGAGGGGUUGUUGAGAAGAAUACCAGCAUAACAGGUUUUAUAGUUCAUGAUAUGAUUUUGCGUAUGCUUUUC